AUGGACGGAACUAGUGACACUGAUUUGAAACGUAAGGUUGGUGACCUUCGGGAUAAGAAUGAAGUUCUGGGGUUGGCCAUUCAAAGAUCUAGACAUGCUGUCAAGAGACUGAAAUUAGAGUAUGGUGUGUUAUUAGAAAGAUUAGAAAGUAGAAUUGAGUUAGAUCCUUUAUUACGUUUUGAAAAUCCAUUACCUACGUUGGCUUCCUUCAAGAAAGAAUUAUUAGAAAAACCAAUGAAGAGGGCGAAAACAAAGAGACAAAAGGCUAAGGAAAGAGAUCCUAACAUGCCUAAGAGACCAACGAAUGCCUAUCUGAUUUAUUGUGAAAUGAAUAAAGAAAAAGUCAAGAGUCUAGGUUCAUCAGAUGUUACAAAGGAUCUUACUGAAGGUUGGAAAGCAUUAGAUGAAGAAGGAAGAGCACCUUAUUACAAAUUAUAUAAUGAAGAUAGAAACCGUUAUAGACAAGAGAUGGAUAUUUAUAAUAAGAGUAGAUCUGAAAAUGGUAAAACAAAAAAUAACAGUGAAGGUGAGGACGAAGAAGAAGAAGAAGUAGAAGAAGAUGAAGAAGAGGAGGAAGAUGAAGAAGAUGAAGAGGAGGAAGAAAAUGACGUUGAGGAGGAUGAAAGGAACGUGAAUGCUAAUGAUGCUGAUGCACAUGGGGAAGAGGACGACGAUGAAAGGGAAGAAGACCAAGAUGCGGCAGAUUCGCAUGAUGACAAGGACUCAGAUGAUAUUGAAGAUCAAAGCAGUAUUGUUAAUGACAGUGAUAAACUUGAUCAAAUGCCCACUAAAAUGAAACUAGAUUCAGUUUUAUCCGAGUCUCCAACUAGCGAAACGAGAAGUAAUAAUAAAAUUAGUGAUCAAAAAAUCAAUGAUGAUGAAGAGGAAGAUGAAGAUGAAGAUGAAAAUGACACAGAUGUUUCAAAAUCAGAAAAAUCUACGACCGAAACCCAAGCUAAGGAAACUGACGUCGAAUCUGACUCAGGAAAUUGA